UUCCUUUCUCGUUUCAAUCAUUGAAAGCAGUAUUAUUCUGCAAAAUAAUAAUACACGCUUAUUGCCUUCCAAUCAUCACUUAGUCCGCUGCCUCCCCCAAUUGACCACUCCCCCCCCCCCAAAUUGAGGCGGGCGGCCCGAACAAAGUAGCUCCCGGGGGGCACUACCGUUUGGACAUGGGUGCCGGGGCUUUCCUGGAACCUCUGGUGGUCGUGACCCUUCUCUUCGGUGGAACAUGGAUCAACCGCGAAAGGGACGUCGCGCGCUCAUAUUCGCGAAACAGCGGCUUUCCCAGCAGCUCCCGCGAUAGCGCCUCCUCAGACCAAGAAUCGGAUCCUCAGCUAUCGAGACUACGCACCUCAGGCUCCAAAGCUCCCUUCGCUGAAGGUGACCUGCCUCGCUCCCAUUCACCCUCCCUGCUCACGGACCAGGAGCACCGAUGGAGGAAGCGAAAUAUUGGCCUCUUCUCCUGGGAGACGGAGGUCAUCACGCCUAACACAGCGGUUUUCAAGAACCGCCUGUUGAGCAGGCUCCUUCACAAGUUUCCAUUCCUGGUGGAAUGCUGGUACUGGGCCCUAGUGUAUUGGAUAUACCAGCUAGGGCGCGCCUUUACUGCUGUCACACUCCAGGCAGGCACUGUGGAUGUAGCCAGGCGACAUGCACUCCAGAUUAUUGAACUGGAGGAAAGGCUGCAUAUCUUCUGGGAGACUGGAAUUCAGAAAUACUUUCUGCAGCGGCCCUUGCUAUUGAUGUGGACCAAUUGGGUAUAUUCUUUUAUCCACAUUCCCGGCACAAUUGCAUUCCUCGUCUGGCUCUAUUACUACAAUAUCACCCGCAAUCGCCAGCAGGAACGGUGGUUGGAUGGAAUGAGAGGAGAGAUCGCCGGAUCGCCCGCCGGUCCGGCGCUUUACCAGGCUCGAAGGCGGACCAUGGCCGUCUGUAACCUGCUUGCCUUUGUCGUCUUCACCCUUUGGCCCUGCAUGCCGCCCCGCCUGCUGAGCGAUGAGAAUGUGGAAGGCCCAAUUGGCGAAAUUGCCCGGAGCUAUGGAUUCGUUGACACGGUACAUGGAACGGGUGGCGCGAGCAGUGUGUGGACGCAGAAUAGAUUUUGCAACCAGUACGCUGCGAUGCCCUCCCUUCAUUUUGGGUACUCUUUGAUGAUCGGCCUGACUAUAAUGACGAUACCCUUGGCUCCUCAGCAUCGUCGCUCAGGCGCCCUAAGUUUUCCCCUGUCCGACACACCAUAUGCAGGAUAUAAGCGUUGCUUUCCAUCCUGGCAUCGGUUGGUUUGUCUCAUCGUUGGAUUCGCGUACCCGUUCACAAUCCUCGUGGCCAUUGUGGCCACCGCUAAUCAUUUUAUACUGGAUGCGGUGGCAGGUGCCUUUGUCUGCGGCCUUGGAUGGUGGGGAAACUCCAUUUUGCUGAACCUGCUGCCGAUCGAAGACUAUUUCCUUUGGGCUCUGCGGAUCCAUAAGCCCGAGCACCGCAUUCUCGACGUGAAAGAUUUAUUAUAUAAUGAUGUUGACGAUGAUAUCGCAACGCCUGGCGCGCGUACGCGAUAAAAACCUGAAGCUCUAUUAUCCCGUCAGCAACAGCAGUCGCUUUAUAAGAAUGACUCUUCAUGCCCUUACUAUCAGCGUGUAUGAUGAUUUGUAUUCCUCCCAUUAGUGGCAAACUUCUUAGUUACACAUACAUAUAUAUAAUCUUAAUCUUCGCGUGCGAGAUUGUCGUGAAAUCCUCGGAUCCUUGCUUUCCCCAAUAGUAUCGAUAACACCGUACAUAAGCUUUGUUCUGCCUCAAAGUGUCAGUUGAUAGAAUCAGCUAGUUUUCCAAAAGCUGAACGUUGUCACAACUUAACCUUUUGAA